UAUAUAUAUAUAUAUAUAUAUUUGGUUUCUGAACAUACACCUGACUAAAAAUGCCGGUAACUGAUAUACCAGGUUAUUUUUAUGAUCAAAACAAGAAACGAUACUUCAAGAUCAUGCCUUCUGGUCCAUAUAGUUUAGCUUCGAUCAAUCAAGCAAAACGAAAAUCAGAAAAGAUACAAUUACAACAAAAAAAGGAUAAUAUUCGACAAAAUAAAAGGCAACAUCUUUGUGUCAAUACUUCCUCCAUUCUUACUUUUUAUCGACAACGAGCCAUUCAAGCUUCUCUUCCUGCAAGAUCUAUGAUCAAAUACGCUACUACUUCAGCUUAUACUCAAUUGACACCUCAAGGACAAGUCGACCUCUCUUUAUUAGAAAACAACCAUCGAGCAACAUGUACCAAUAUGGUUGUUUCUAAUUCUUCUUCUUCUUCUUCUUCUCAAUGUGGCAGUGAUAUAUUGAUUGGCUACAAAGGUGGUUCUAUAGUACGAUAUGGAUUUCAAGUGACUCCUUACUUUCAAGCAUGGAAAACAAGUCAAGCUUGGCAAACAGAUUCCGAUAUUACUUCCCUUCAUUUUGGUCAAUCAACACAUGAUGCUUUUCAACCUGUUCUGGGUACAAGUAUGGGACAAGGAUCGACUAGACCAAACCAAUUAUGGCGAUAUUCAUUACCACUGACACCACCUUUGACUAAUGACAAUGUGGAUCGUAUUGAAUUCAACAAUAACAACAUUUCUUCUUAUCAAUCAGUCAUUGAUCCUCUUCUUUUACCCGAACCAAGAUGGGAUUGUAGUUUUGUUAGACGCAAAGAUACCUUUUGGACUUCUUUUAUUACGGAUGAUAUCAUUCUUGUAGGUGGCGAACGACAUAUGUUUAUUCUGUCCAGUUCUUUCGACUUUAUUUCCCAGAUACCUAGUCCAUCCGCCGUCUUUGCUACUCAACUUUCACAACAUCAACCACGGGUCGCUUGGAUGGGAUGUCGUAAUGGUCGUAUUUUAUUGGUGGACAAUCGAAUUCAACAUAAAUCACCACAACAAAAAUAUCGUUUGGAUUCAGCAGUAACUCAUCUCAAACCAUUAGAAGAUGUUUCUUCAGGUCAUUCUAUAUUGGCGGCUGGAAUGAAUGGAUCUAUUUCUCUUUGGGAUACUCGAAAACAUUCACCUCUCCGUCGAUUCUAUGGCCACAGCAACGAGCAUACACGACAAUUGGCUUUUGACGUUCAUUCGGACUUGCACUUAUUGGCCAUGUCGGGUGAUGACAACAAAGUACGUUUAUGGUCAUUACUGGAUCAACAAUCGGAAGUACAACCCUUUUGGACUUCUUGUGCUUUCUCUGAUAAUGUAUGUCAAGCAUCCAUUCUCUCUCGUCCUCCUCCAUUGUCUUCUGUUUUUCUUAAUCAUCUUGAUUUGAACAAACAAGCCAUGCCUGGUCUUCUGGUAUGUACUGGUACUCCUUCUCUUUCUUGGCUAUCCAUUUUGUAAAAUUUAUACCCUUACUUAGUCAUCAUACAAUUGUAUCA